CGGCGGCAGGCGGGCGGCGGCGGCGGCGCGGGGCCUGGUCCCCCCCAGCACCAUGGCCAAGACCGUGGCGUAUUUCUAUGACCCCGACGUGGGCAACUUCCACUACGGAGCUGGGCACCCAAUGAAGCCCCAUCGGCUGGCACUGACUCAUAGCCUGGUCCUGCAUUAUGGACUCUAUAAGAAGAUGAUCGUCUUCAAGCCAUACCAGGCCUCCCAGCAUGACAUGUGCCGCUUCCAUUCUGAGGACUACAUUGACUUCCUGCAGAGAGUCAGCCCUACCAAUAUGCAAGGCUUCACCAAAAGCCUUAAUGCCUUCAAUGUGGGAGAUGACUGCCCUGUUUUCCCCGGGCUUUUUGAGUUCUGCUCCCGUUACACAGGUGCAUCUCUGCAAGGAGCAACCCAGCUGAACAACAAGAUCUGUGAUAUUGCCAUUAACUGGGCUGGUGGUUUACAUCAUGCCAAGAAGUUUGAGGCUUCUGGAUUCUGCUAUGUCAAUGACAUUGUAAUUGGCAUUCUGGAACUGCUCAAGUACCACCCUCGGGUGCUUUACAUUGAUAUUGACAUCCACCAUGGCGAUGGCGUUCAGGAGGCCUUCUACCUCACUGACCGGGUCAUGACUGUGUCCUUCCAUAAAUAUGGAAAUUACUUUUUCCCUGGCACAGGUGACAUGUAUGAAGUUGGAGCAGAGAGUGGCCGCUACUACUGUCUCAAUGUGCCCUUACGGGAUGGCAUUGAUGACCAGAGUUACAAGCACCUUUUCCAGCCAGUCAUCAGCCAGGUGGUGGACUUCUACCAACCCACAUGCAUUGUGCUUCAGUGUGGCGCUGACUCUCUGGGCUGUGAUCGAUUAGGCUGCUUCAAUCUCAGCAUCCGAGGACAUGGGGAAUGUGUUGAGUAUGUCAAGAGUUUUAAUAUUCCACUGCUGGUGCUAGGUGGUGGUGGCUAUACUGUCCGGAACGUUGCCCGCUGCUGGACAUACGAGACAUCGCUGCUGGUAGAAGAGGCCAUUAGUGAGGAGCUUCCCUAUAGUGAAUACUUCGAGUACUUUGCCCCGGACUUCACGCUCCAUCCAGAUGUCAGCACACGCAUCGAGAAUCAGAACUCCCGUCAGUACCUGGACCAGAUCCGCCAGACAAUCUUUGAGAACCUGAAGAUGCUGAAUCAUGCACCUAGUGUUCAGAUUCAUGAUGUGCCUGCAGACCUCCUGACCUAUGACAGGACUGAUGAGGCCGAUGCAGAGGAGAGGGGUCCUGAAGAAAACUACAGCAGGCCAGAGGCACCCAAUGAAUUCUAUGAUGGAGAUCAUGACAACGACAAGGAAAGUGAUGUGGAGAUUUAAGAGCAACUUGGGAUGCUGUUUCCCAGGGAAUACCUUUUCACCUCUUGGUUGUGUUGGAGGGAAAGCUGUGGCUCCCCCAGGCCUGGACCGGCCACUCCCAGGACAUUCACUAGCUGUGGGAAGGGUUUUGGAGACUACAUAUUGUUGUAGAAUCAUUUCCCUUCCUCUUACUAUCACAGCCUGAUGAUGGUACCUAUUAGGGAUGAGAUAGGGGCAUGGAUAGCUAUCUCUGGGACAUAAUAGGCAGUGGGGUCUAGAGGCCAUUCCUCAGCCCAUCUAAGCCUUUAUUUGCUCCCUUGCCUGCCUUCACCUGAGAGACUUAUGGAUGAAAGGGUAGACAAGUCUGAGAUCACCUUUGACAUCCUCCUGGGUCUGCCUACUGCAAGUCUUGCUUCCAGGGAAGUUGAAGAGUGAAGGUUUGGAGAGGGUUCCGGCUCCCUAGCAUCUUAAGUACAGAUGAAGUACUUUCAGAUAGGAUGUGAAAAUGUCCUAUUCUAACUUUGGCUUUAUGUUCAUUUCACCACUGUUUUUAUCUAAUAAACCAAGUUGGUAUUUUUUGUA